CUCUCCAACUCGUCCCAGCUCGACACCUGACAGAGACAUCUCUACAUCCACACGGCUCGACAGAAUUUAACGGGUAUUGCGCAAGCGCCCUGUUGCAUUGGACUUGAUCGCAUCUCCUCACAUCCAGAAUCUACCAACCUCCUAAUCUCCCCGUCGAUAGAAAAUCAACCGUCCUCCACCUCAACGAGAUCGCAUAGCCCAUCAUGUUGUCCUUCCUAUCAUCGAGUAUGUCCAAUAUGCGCCAAUCGCUGGCACAGGUUCUCAACUUCGCGCUGGUCCUCUCUACGGCUUUUAUGAUGUGGAAGGGACUGUCGGUAGCUACGGCCUCCUCGUCGCCCAUUGUUGUUGUCCUGUCUGGGUCUAUGGAGCCAGCUUUCCAGAGAGGCGAUUUGCUCUUCUUGUGGAACCGGGCUCCACGCGCUGAAUUGGGAGAAGUUGUGGUUUACAAUGUCAGGGGCAAGGAUAUUCCAAUCGUGCACCGUGUUGUGAGGACAUUCCCUGAGGUCGAGGGGAAGGCGAAGCAGGUUAAGGAGAUUGAGGAUGCCUCGACCGUGUCGAACAAUAUGCUCUUGACCAAGGGAGACAACAACGUUGCCGAUGACACUGAGCUCUACGCGCGCGGUCAGGAAUAUUUAAAUCGAGAGGAAGAUAUUGUGGGUAGCGUGCGCGGGUAUAUCCCGAUGGUUGGAUAUGUGACUAUCAUGCUCAGUGAGCAUCCUUGGCUCAAGACGGUGUUGCUGGGAAUUAUGGGAUUAACGGUGAUGCUGCAACGGGAGCAAUAGACACUCAUGCUGGGGAUAAAAAGCUAUCGAUGAUAUGAAUUGCAUGUUUCUGUUAUUUUGGGUUCUAUUGCGCUGGCAUGAUUGUUGCAGUCGCGUAUACGAAAAGUUUGAUAUAUUUAGAUGUAAGCGGAGUAUCAUUGGUGUGAACCAGUGUUAGCUGGAUGAAACAGGAACAUAGAAACCCAGAAAGCUUUUUAUGGCUGAGAGCCAUUUAUAGACCAGUCAACACCUUGGAGACGUCACUUCCCCC